AUGGGAACUCAGCCUCAAUCAAGACUGGCCGUUGCCGUCAUUCUUUUGUCGUUCCAAGCGCUCCUGGGUGUAUCUCAGUAUCUCCUGAGUAUUCAAUAUCACCGGAAUCAGAGAUUUCUCCUUGGGCCUGCUUUCCUCCAGUCUCUGGGAUUUCCGAUAGUCGUUGCCGUCUUGGGAAUUAUCCUCAUAGCUGUCAUGUUCAACGGCGAACAUCCUGAGAAAUGCGAGCCUGAGGAAUGCAUGGCCAAGGCUAACAAGACGUGCAUUGACGAUGACAUCGGCGGACUUGGCAUUCGUCUUGCUGCCUGGGCACAACUUGGAGUCUUACUCUUCCUGGCACUGAUUGGAACCUUCCACAUCAAAACGACGGGAACCAAGGAGGUUGCCGCUAGCCUCACCAUUACGCAUCUCCCACUGGCCAUCGCGCUUCUUGUCAACCAAAAGGGGCUCGAGGCGACGGACGCCAUCCUUGGCUCCAUGAUACUUGACUCCCAGAAUAGCGCACUUUCCAUUCCUUUGUAG